GGGGUGGGCAAAGAGGGUGAGUGCACGUCACGUGCACGUUCCCUCAGCCUGGGAUAAAUGUCCUGUAGCAAGAAGGAGCCCGGGAGAAGCUCUCUGAGCAGGGGCUGGGAACUGAGGAACUUGAGUGGAAGAAGGGAAGCGAGGCGCUCGAGUUUACCCCAGCCCCUGCUUCGCUUUCUCCCCGGGGGCCCUCAAGACAUAAAGAGCCCAAAAGACCGAGGUGAGCACCCUGGCAGUCGAGCCAAGCACUCCCGGCUCGGCUCCGACUCUUGAUAAUGGAUAUCUGAGCACUUCACUUCUCAAUCAACUUCUUCCAAGGCUGCUAAGGAAGUGGUGCAGGGCACUCCACUUCUCCCUCGACUUGCGCAGCGAAAAGCCCCUACUUUGGCUUUCACUAAAAGAAAGCAACCUUCAUCACAGUCACUUGUGGGUCUUCAAUCUGGGUUAUUAACAAAUCGGAAAGUUCGGCUCUAGUUGGGGGAGGCAGGCAGGCAGGCGCACAGUGUUUCAGCCUCUAAGAGCUCCUAACUGUGGACAUCACGCUGGAGAGAGUCAAAAAGGAGUGGAAGGAAGACUUUGCCUUGGAGUUUAUUCUAGGGGAAUCCUGAAAUCAUUCACAAUGAAGUGGGCAUCACAAGAGUGGCUCAGAAUAACUUCAUUGCUAUUCAUUGCUAAUGCGAUUCCAGCAAUGGUUGUCCCCAAUGCAACAGUUUUGGAGAAACUUUUGGAAAAGUACAUGGAUGAAGAUGGUGAGUGGUGGAUCGCCAAGCAAAGAGGGAAAAGGGCGAUCACAGACAAUGAUAUGCAGAGUAUCUUGGACCUUCAUAAUAAGUUAAGAAGUCAGGUAUAUCCACCAGCUUCUAAUAUGGAAUAUAUGACAUGGGAUGUAGAGCUGGAGAGAUCUGCAGAAUCCUGGGCUGAAACUUGCUUAUGGGAACAUGGACCUGCAAGCCUUCUUCCAUCAAUUGGACAGAAUUUGGGGGCGCACUGGGGAAGAUACAGACCUCCAACAUUCCAUGUGCAAGCAUGGUAUGAUGAAGUGAGAGAUUUUACCUAUCCUUAUCCACAUGAAUGUAACCCAUAUUGCCCUUUUCGAUGUUCUGGUCCAGUUUGCACACAUUAUACUCAGGUUGUUUGGGCUACAAGUAGCAGAAUAGGUUGUGCUAUUAAUUUGUGCCACAAUAUGAACAUCUGGGGACAGAUAUGGCCUAAAGCAGUUUAUUUAGUAUGCAAUUAUUCUCCAAAGGGUAACUGGUGGGGCCAUGCACCUUACAAGCAUGGUCGGCCCUGUUCUGCGUGUCCACCCAGUUUUGGAGGGAGCUGUAGAGAAAAUCUUUGCUACAAAGAAGGAUCAGAAAGACAUUUUUCUCCUCAUGAACCAGAAGAAACAAAUGAAAUUGAACGACAACAGUCGCAAGUAUAUGAUCCCCAGAUUCAAACAAGAGCUGAUGACAGUAACAGAAAUGAAGUUAUAAGUACACAGCAAAUGUCUCAAAUUGUUGCUUGUGAGGUGAGAUUAAGAGACCAGUGCAAAGGAACAACUUGCAAUAGAUAUGAAUGUCCUGCUGGUUGCUUGGAUAGCAGUGCCAAAGUUAUAGGAAGUGUACAUUAUGAAAUGCAAUCAAGCAUCUGUAGAGCUGCAAUACAUUAUGGAAUAAUAGACAAUGAUGGUGGUUGGGUAGAUAUCACUAGACAAGGAAGAAAACAUUAUUUCAUCAAAUCCUAUAGAAAUGGCAUUCAGUCGAUUGGCAAAUAUCAGUCUGCUAAUUCCUUCACAGUCUCUAAAGUGACAGUUCAAGCCAUCACUUGUGAAACAACUGUGGAACAGUUAUGCCCAUUUCACAAGCCUGCUUCCCAUUGCCCGAGGGUAUACUGUCCUCGCAAUUGCAUGCAAGCAAACCCUCACUAUGCUCGUGUAAUUGGAACUCGAAUUUAUUCUGAUGUGUCUAGUAUUUGCAGAGCAGCCGUUCAUGCUGGUGUAGUUCUUAAUCAGGGUGGUUAUGUUGAUAUUAUGCCAGUAGACAAGAGAAAAGUUUAUAUUGCUUCCUUUCAGAAUGGCAUCUUUUCAGAAAGUUUGCAGAAUCCUCCAGGAGGGAAGGCAUUCAGAGUAUUCGCUGUUAUUUGAAUAGGCAAAUAAAAAUGCACAAUGUUAAAAUGAAUACUUGGAAGGGGAUGAUAAAGAUAAAUCAGAUUGCUACAUUGUACUU